GUGUGGAGUCCACACUGGAGAGGAGCCAGAUAACACGCGACCACAUGGGCCAGCUGCUCUAUCAGCUGCUGCAGGCUGGAAGCCUCUCCAAACCUCAGUUCUUUAAAGGGUUCUCAGAAACCCUUGAGUUGGCAGAUGAUAUGGCCAUUGACAUUCCCCAUAUAUGGCUGUACUUAGCGGAGCUGGUUAGUCCUGUGCUCCGCGAAGGAGGAAUCUCUAUGAGAGAAUUAUUUAGUGAAUUUAGUAAACCAUUACUCCCUGUGGGAAGAGCUGGGAUAUUAUUUUCUGAAAUAUUGCACCUGCUAUGCAAACAUAUGAGCCAUAGGAAAGUGGGAGCCUUAUGGAGGGAUUCUGAGUUGAGUUGGGUUAAUUUCCUCCCAGACAUGGAGGAUGUGCCUCGCUUCAUCACUGAGCAGAAACUAGACUUCAAUCUGUCUGAUUGCUCGAGUCUGGGCUGUUUGAAUGACAUGUAUGUGAUCUUGGAGGACACGUUCUAA